GCACGCUUCGCUGGCAGUCCAACAACUUUUUCCCGAGGAGCUCCACAUCGCGACGCGUUCAGGAGAACCCGCACUAAAGCGCCGAGAGUUGUUUGUGUGAACGCGCCGGGGUUUUUUUGUCGGAGCGACAUUGUUUUGCUUUUCGUCGUCCACAUCUUGUGUUCCUUUCUUCCCGUAGACUAUUUUCCCCGUAGCUGCCGUUGGUCUGUGGGAGUUAGGAUGAGGAAACUGGGGCUGUUGUUCCUCGUCGGACUGGCGUCUGCCUUCAUCAGUGAGAAACUCUUGGUGUCUGCCCAGACAUCAUAUUUAACAGAUGACCUUUACCUAGAGGGCAGACCGUCAGGUGACCUCCCUGUAGAUGAUGAAGAUGAUCAAGAUGGUGGUUCAGGCUCUGGAUCUGGAGACUACUAUCCCACAGACCAAGAGGUGCUCAGGAAGGUGAACAAAGAGUUCGAGACCACAUCAUCCAAAGAAAGGAAUCCUACUGACACCACACCAACCACAGCUGCUGAGAGCCACGAUCAAACAACCACAAUGGAGCCUCCACCUUACAUCCCUGAUGGCAAGGACAAGGAGCAGGAGGUGCUAGUUACCAAGUUCCCAGACAAUACCAGACCCAGUACCACCAAAAUGCCUUCCAGUGAAACCACUCAAGACUACAUUUUUGACAACAACCAGGAUGAAGAGAUAAUUAAAGUGUUACAGAAUGACGUUGUGGAAAAGUCAGACAGUCGGGGCAACAAACUGCAUGUGCAAAACUCACCUGAACUAGUGACAAGUGAGAACAUUUGGGAGAGGACAGAUGUGCUGGCAGCUGUGAUAGCCUGUGGAGUGGUCGGGUUCCUCUGUGCAGUUUUCCUCCUGCUCCUCCUCGCUUACCGCAUGAAGAAGAAGGACGAAGGAAGUUACGAUCUGGGGGACACCAAACUUUCCACAACAGCCUAUCACAAAGCACCCACCAAGGAGUUCUAUGCCUGAACUGACCAAAAGGAUUUUAAAUGUCUGUCACCUGCCUUUUCAGGAAUAGAUCUAAACACAGCUGAAGAUGAUUCCUCUCGUAGGAGUUUGAAGUCACAGUCUCUGCUGCGCUUUAGUGCUCUUUACUUGUUUCCAUCUUUCCUACAUUCCUCUUCUGCCAUCUUUGAAUCCUUUUCUCUUCUUCUUUACAUAAUAUUCUUUGUGAAGAAGAGGUAAUCCGAGAAUUACAUGUGUCUAUUUUUCCAGACAUUAAAUACAUAUACAACAUUUUAUAAAAGAAAUCUUUUUCCUGCUUCUUGUUUAGGAAAGCAAUAAAGUUUGGAGCUUUGUUAACACUGUGCCUUAGACCCAUAUCACUUUGGGCUGAAUUACAUUGGGGCUGGACUUGCGUCUGCAUUACAGGCCAAUUGAUUUAGCAUUUAGCGGAGUUAAAGCAGAACUGUUCCAUCUCAAGGGAACAACGGCAACAUAGGAGUAGCCUUACUGCACUUUGAAUGCUGUUCAGUGUAAGUGUACCAUAUAUGACAGUAGUAUUACCAAGAACCUUCAAAUCCUGUUUUCUUUAUUUGAUAUCAGAUUUGCUUUGGUUGUCGUCAUUUUGCUUUGUGAUUUUUCAUUUUCUUUUUUUUAAAGAAUCGAAUACUUUCUUUAUUCUUAUGAGGAUUUAAUGUUUUGUUUAUAUGCUGCCCAGUAUUGGUAAAAGAGAUGUUGUUACUCAACAGGUACAUAUUUUUUUUUUAGAAUAGAACUGACCAAAUACAAAUGUUUGUUGUCUUUUUAGCUGUAGUUUUGUGUUUAAUGUGAGAUCAUGUCUGUAAAGCCAUUUUUUUAAAUGAAAUCUUUGUCUAUGCAUUGCAUUUAUACAGUGGUAGCCUUAUUUAGUAAAGCAGAAGUUCUUAAGGCUUGCGACAUUGGUUAUAUUUUUAGAACUAUUUUAUUUGUUGACUGAGUUCUGCAAGCAUGUGGAACUGAAUUGUUAAGGCAGAGCCAAGGCUGAUGACUAUAAUUCAGAAAGUGGGGAAGUAACCAGUGUUGUCUAACCAAAGCCAAAGCACAUUCCUUGUCUAGCGUCAACUGAAUACAGCUAUAAUAGUGGGUUACAUGUCAAGGGAACCGUGACACCAGUUAAUGUUUCUUAUAGUCUAAGUAAAGUCUUAUUCAAAAGUGAGCUUUAAGAGUGAAUAUGCAGUUACUGCUCAACAUCAUCUUACUGUUGUGUUGAAGCAGCCCAGUAGAUUUUGACUACUCACUUCCAAAAUAAAAUUCCACAAAAGGUUUGAUUUGGAUGUUGAAAAACAAUUUGUAAACUUAAAUUCUUCUAGUCUGUAAUAACCCGUAUUGUUUGUUACAUGACCAUUGAUAAUUUGAAUGCAAAAGCAAACUACCUAUUGCUGUGGUUGGAAUAAACAGGACAGUCUGCUCACUCA